UCUAUAAAGGGAAAGCUGCAGGGUAAUGCACACGCCAACAGUAAUACACUUUGCGAGUCGACUGAAAAGUGUGUAUCUUGCCUUCUGCACUUAGCUUUGAUCAGUCUUGGGAUAUUUCCUGGAUGGUGGACACAUCACACUUCUGGAUGGAGAGGCAUUUGAACCCGAAAUGGAGAGUUUAAGUAGGAGUCUGGGAAAGGUUUCAAUUGGAGUCCCGUCUAAGUGCUCUGUUUACACAUUUGUGCCUGUGGUGCAGACAUUACCGAUGGAAAGCAUUGCUACCGAGGAGGAGAGAUCCGGCUCUCUGACAGGAACACCAAGUAAGAACGUCGCUGAGUCCCAUGAGACGCCAACCGGGCUGAACAUGUCAAACAGGGAGAUUUUAAAGGAGGAGAUUAAAGUCUUUAUUAAAGACUCGGUAAAGGGAGGAGCAGGAUUCACAACCCAACUGGGGAAAACAAAAAAACCUUCUGUGGAUCACAUGAGCCCCUCUCACGCUACUGCCUCUCCUCCAGUGGCUGUUCAAUCUGAAAAUACCCGCAUCCACGUGGCUGCCAGGACAGCCGCCAUGGAGACACCUGUUGAUAAACACAGGGGCUUUUCCCAGCAGCAGUGUCACGAUACCUCUGGACUUGCUGAUAUCAGCUCGGGUUACUUUGUAAAUCGAGCGAUUGUGCCAGAAGACAGAAUGAGCCACACAAGCUGUGCAGACCUGCUCGCUACCCCGUCUUCCUCCAGAGAGUCCAUCUUCUCGGGGGGCUCGGACGGAGGGAAGAGCUGGUCGGCCGCGCAGCUCUCCUGUGUAACUUCUCCUGUCUCCUUCCAUCGAAUCGUUUCUCCUUGCUCAUCUGUCGCCUCAUCCGUCUGCUCCGGCAUCUUCUCCCCCGCUGUUGUCCGGAUCAAGAGGCAUUUUCUGGCUCCCGGUGAUAGUCUGGUCAACAGCCCCGGUUUCUCAUCCUGCGAGAGCUUGUCCUCCUCGGUCAGCGCUCGAUCGCCUCCUCGUUCUCCCCGACACAGACCUCCUCUCACCCGACUCUCCCUCCUCACAGCUAUCCUGAGAAAAGGCCGCCUUCCUGUCCUGUCCUCUGCAUUUCAGAGGCCCUACACCCCCUGCUGGCCCGUUAACCCCGUGACCCUGUCCUUCUGUAACGCCUGCACAGCGGCCUCCAGCGUGAGCUCCACUGGCCUCCACUUUUCCCCUCAGUUCUCAUCACCUGCGUCUUUAGGUAGUCAGAGCCACACUCACAGGGAGCCCGAUAGAUGCUCCACGUCUCCUCCCCAUGUUCAAUCCAAUGAGCUCAACAGAACAUUCCCUCAAACCCUCAAAGUGAAAAGAGGCUCAGAGCAAAUCGGCUCAAGCAGAGUUCCUCAAUCGGAGCAGGUUAUUUCACCCCCGCCAGCGAAGAGCACACUACCCCGAGCUCCACCUCUAUUUUGCUCAAACUUUAAUUCUGUUUUUCCAGCAAAGCAUAAAGAAAUGGACUAUACAUUUUCCAAAAAGACGCAACACACACACAAGUACCCUGAGCUAAAGCCUGUCAACGCUGACCUGUACCUCAAGGGCCCAGCAGAUAAUAACCUUAAAAAUCUCAUCUCCGAGACCACUAACGCUAUGUAUGAGCAAGGGACCUCUGUGCUCAAGAAAUUGAGUGACCCGCCAAAGUCAUCUCUCUCAAGGCUGCGCUCGCUUUCUCAGCAGCUGAGAUCUCCGCCUGUCCACCCACCUCUGCCCGAGCCUUCCCAACCGCACUCAUCCGGUGUCACCUUUUCCUGUGACAUGGCAUCAUCACCUGCAUUAAACGCCACAGGGAGGUGCGAGUCAGGAAGGGGCUGCCCUGAUUCCAGAAGGACAUCAGCAUUAGCUGGUCCACACAAAGCUCACUGUCUGUCUCCUUCCCGGUACACGGCCAUUGCUUUUCCCGGAUGGCCGUCCCCCACCAGCUCCCCGGCGCCUACGCCCUCUCCUGCUCCACCAAUCAGAGACUUCACCCCGUCCCCUUCCCUCCCCAGGCGCUCAACGCCCUCCCCGAGGCCCGGGAGUGGAAUAUCAGUCUGGAGUGACGGGGAGGGUAAAAAAAGAAAGACACACAAGAUUAAAUUGAGCUAUAAAUCGCUAGCUGCAAUUCCCACAAACACCCUUCUAUUGGAUCAGCAGGCCAUAGAUGAGCGUGUGGAGAGAGAAGAGAGUCCAUGUGACAGUUUGGACAGACGUGAUACAUUUGACAGAGGUGUUGCAGACACCCACACUAAGAUGUGUUCACCCGCUGAGCUGCGCCAGCAGUCAGAGGAACUCUAUGCAGUUAUUGAUGAGAUUAUGGCCAAUUCCAUCCCUGCAAGCAAGUCACCACAGCACUUCAGGUCAUUAAGUACCCGCUUUGGUCUGCAGCAGAACAGCUCUUCAUUAACAAAAUCCUUGGGACGUGAGACCAAAUACGCAUCUGUGUGCAGCUCGCACCCAACUACCGGUGUGGAAAGAAAGCUCAUGAAUCCUAAAAAGGUGGAAGGUAAUUGUCUCGAAGCGGCUAGAGAAGUUUGUUACACCAGUUCAAAAAGGCAAAGAUUUGGAGAAGAGAGGAAGCCUGAGAGAAGAGAUCCACUCUCCGUAUUUGAUCUGCAGAUAACGGAGCCCGACUACGAGCCUAACUUAAGAGCGGAUGGAAGCUAUAUGACAUAUUUUAAGUAUUAACCCUAAAGUAAUAACCCGUGGCCCUACAUUAAUACAUUUUUUAACAAACUACGAAGACCAAGGCCUUAGUAAGUUACUCUUUGCUAAGCCUAAAAAUGUAUAUCUUAAAAUAAAGUACUUCAUGUUAGAUUUUUUUUUAACUGACCCCAAUUCAGUCAUGAUGGUUAGAAAAGCCACAAUUUGAUAUUCUUUUCGUCUUCUAAAGGGAGACAUUCGUGGGCAGGUAAUAUAUAUCUUUGGCAUUGAAUUAACGUGCGUAAUUCUGAGAUUUACAGAUUGGGGCUUUGUCACGUAGUGGCGCUUCCCAAUACCACUUUUGAUUUCCUUCUAUGGUUUUAGUGAACGAGUGAACAUUUAAGAGUCCAACCACAUUCCUCUAUUUGGAGAAAAGACUUCCUUGACUCA